AUGCACUCGACUAAAACGAGGGUAGCAGCUCUGCUAACUUUGGCAUAUCUUGUAUACCAAUAUCGAACGGUGCUUUUCAAACUGAGUGAGGAGGAAGACAGUCUUUCGCGGCGACGUUCCAGCAGACUGUCAAGAUCACGGUCCAGAACACGUUCAAGAUCUCGCUCAAAGCAUAACAAUCAUGAUUACAAGCUGGCCGACUCUAAACAUGGACGAAGAGGAAGAAAGCCCUCCAGACGAUGCCCCGAUUGCAGUCUAUGUAACUAUGAAGAA